AUGGCAAGCUUGCCUGACGAUCUCGUUCGCGAUCUCUUUGAUGUCCUUUCCGUCGUGGAUCCUCCGCGAGGGCCUUCUACAGGACGAUCUCUAGGGUGGAUCUCUGCGACGCACGUAUGUCAGCGCUGGCGCGCCAUCAGUAUCUCCCUCCCAAAGCUCUGGGCAAGCGUCGUCUGCACAUUCCCUCCCGACGCCACAGUCCUCGAGCGUGCACAAGAUGCUCCGCUGACGAUAGAUCUCGAUAUGGGGGGAAGGAGGUUCUGGGAUGAGACAUCUAUCUCAUUGAUCAUUGCGCGUACCCAAGCCAUCAAGGAUGUCGAAGACGUGCACCGCGAAGACAGCAAGGGCGUUGACUGGCGGACGAUAUUGGACGGCCGGCGUCUUCCCGUCCUUCUUGAGUUCAACGUUCGCACGGUGGGGUACGACCACAUAAAGUUCACAUGGCGAGGAAGCUUAGAGGCACCCGCUCUCCGAACUUGUGCUUUCAAUCUAUACCUCCCGUUACAAGCCCCUUCGCUGCGCUUCUUGUCGAUCUCCGGGUACGAGUGGAACGUCGCCCGUCUCCUUUCCGUCCUCAUGAAUUGCUCGGCGCUUUCACAGUUGAAAGUCCACGGGGUCUGGUCCGAAGAGGGCGAGGAAUUUACUGACGACGGGGAUAUAUCCUCAAUCAUCAACUCCGAUCAACUCUGCGAACUCCCCAACUUACAAACUCUUCACGUGAACAUCUUUGACGACCUAUGCGUCAACGCCUUGAACCACAUCCAGUUCCCGAAUCAUGUUGGGUUGAGGGUCGAUGAUACUUGGCGUUUGGACGUUUGGGACUAUGCGUUUUCUCGCCUGCAUACUCACUCUUUGCACGGGAAUCUGUCCAUCAUCUGCACGACCGCCACGGAAACGAAUCCUUUCCAUCCCGACAACGGCCCAACCGUUCAUAGACUUACAUUCACGGGGGAUCCAUCGCUCUACACAAGAGCAAUAGACAUCCUGCAUGGGGUUCUUGUGCUCUCAAAGCGCAGCGGACGCGGUGGAUCCAAUUUGCACGAGCUCUUGGACCGGGUGCCCAGCUCUCGGGCUUCUGCCAUUCAAACACUGGAUUUCGACUACAUAGCAAACAAUCGCUUCCACAGGGAAGAACUGCGUCUUGAUGACAUACCAGCUCUCGCUGUCUCACUGCAGCGCUUUCAUAACGUCGCGACCCUCCGCGUAGGCGAUGCUGGUAUCGAUCUUCUCGCUUUCCUCGCCUCGGAAGAUCAUGUGCUAUUUCCUGACCUCCAUACGCUCAUCGUCCAUCCCGACAAGAACAUGCUGGAUCGAGAACGUUGGAGCGCACUUCGCAAGAUGCUCAUUACGAGGCGCCACCCUCUACCACGUUUGAUCAUACGCGGAUCCAUGCUGUGUCACACUACGGAAUGGCAGCGUCCCGGGCACGAUCAUAGUUGGAAGCAGAUCCUCGACGAUUGCUAUAUCUCCUUGGAGGAGGAGAAACUGCUCGUGGAUGAGCUCUUAGACGAAAGGGAGGGGAUUGAGAACUUGCCGUAUUGUAGGUGCUGGGCGAAGAUAUGCGGAUACUAG